GGAGCUGGCUCCGCCCCCCGCGGCGUUCUCGGGUCCCGGGGCCGCGUCCGGCCGCGCUGCGGGGGGUCCGGGCAUGACCCUGGCGCUGCGCCUCCUGCUGCUGCUGCUGGGGGCUGCAGCCCCGCCGGGGGCCCGAUCCCGGUUUCACAUUAUCCAGAUGAUAUACGGCUGUGAUCUCCGGGAAGACAACACCACUUGGGGGUUUUACCAGGAUUCAUAUGACGGACGAGACUUUCUUAUCUUCGAUAAGGAGACAAUGACUUUGGGAGCAGAAGAUAUUGGGGCUCAGAUCACCAAGAGGAGAUGGGAUGCUCAAGUAUUUGACAACCAGCAGUGGAAACGCUACCUGGAGGAGAGAUGUAUUCCCUGGCUAAGGAAUGCUCUAGAGUAUGGGAAGGAGACUCUGCAGAGGAAAGUGCACCCAACAGUUAGAGUGAGCGACAGGUCAUCUCAUGACGGCCUCACCACUCUCUCCUGUAAGGUCAGUGGGUUCUACCCACGGGACAUCACCGUGACCUGGCUGAGAAAUGGGGAGAGCAGACAGCAGGAGACCUACUCUGAAGGCAUCCUACCCAGUGGGGACGGGACCUAUCAGACCUGGGUGACAAUGGAGAUUGAUCCCAAGAUCAAAGCCCAUUAUUCAUGUCAUGUGGAGCAUGAAAGCCUAUUAGAGCCACUCUCCGUCUCCUGGGAACCAAAUAAUAAUCUGAUUCCCAUUGUGGCUGGAGUUAUCACUGCAGUUGUCCUGAUUGGUGUUAUAAUCGGAGUAGUCGUCUGGAAAAAGAAACACCCAGGGAAGAAGGGAGACGGCUAUGCUGUAGCUCAGGCAAACGACCAAGGAUCUAGUGGCUCUGACCUAUCUGCCAAGGGUGUGAAAGACUCUAGUGAGAGGGAUUUCUCUGUGGCUGCUGACACAGCGUGGGCUGAGCUCAGCUUUUGCAAGGAUAACUCCAGCUGCUUCAGAGAACAGUCUCCAGUGAACUGCAGGGAGGAAGCAGCAGGGACAGAGCCCAGCACUUGGGGCUCCAGGAACCCGGGUCUCUGACACUGGAGCUACAAGCUUUGUCAGCGGGGUUAGAGAUUUUGUCCACUGAACCCUGCAGCCACUAGGGCGACCGCCCCGACCGCAGCGUGCACUGUCAUUGCAAAACAUGAUGGCAGGUUCCCUUUGACAGACGUUGCCUGUGUUUAACUUCUGCAGCUUAACAGAGCCUGGUGGAGUCCGUGCCACGGCCUGAGGGGACCCCCGAGAGGAAGACGGAUGAGCUCUGCUCUGUCUCCCUACAAGAACCAGUCAACCCCUCCCUAGCUUUUCUCUGGCACUUGGAGCGUCCCGUGUGGGAUUUCCGGCCUCAUCUCUCUGCUCACUGAACCACGUUUUGCUUUUCAGGUGUCAUAGUUUUCUGUAAUAAUGUUUUAUUUGCACAAAAUAAUUUCCAACAUUUUAAUGGAUUAAAAACUCUGUUAGUCAGAGUUCAGUAUUUGCCCCAUUCAGUGUGUGCACGCCGUGCUCUGGCUGCGUGGUGCUGUCUGCACACCCUGGACGGGGCGCUAGGUCUGUCAGCAGUAACUGCUUGUGCGUCUGUGGUGGGGACGGCUUUUUUUCCUGCCGAAUUUCAUGAUUAUAACACGGUAAAUGGCCGGGUCUACUCGCAGCUGGUCGCGCUGUUGCCAUCAUCAGCUGAGGACGUCUGUUGGACAGGAAUAAGUGUCUGCGUUUAGUUUGUACGUGCCUCUAAUGUCCUUUUCACCAUUCAUAGAGCCAUAGAAAUGCUGGGCUAGAAGGGCCCUCAAGAGGUCAUCAAGUCCAGCCCUGAUCUCAGGCAGCACCAAGUUAACCUAGACCAUCCCUGACAGGUGUUUGUCCAACCUGUCCUUAAAAACCUCCAACGACGGGGAUUCCACAUCCUCUCUAGGCAACCUGUGUGACGAAGUGGGGUAUUUUCCUAACGUUGCGUAUGUAUACUGUGUGCCUCAGUUUCCCCCGUGUGCUGCAUGUCUAACCCAGGUGGGAGGGGGGUGUCUGUUGUUGUAGAGGACCAGGUGUGACCCAGUCUAGCAGCCUGGACCCCAGACCAUGGCCUGGGCACUUUGUAACUUAGCGACUGAUGACCUGAAGGCCCAUCCCAACUUGGAGCCAGCCAGUUAUGGGCAGCGGAGAGAACAAAGAGCUGAAGAGAGAGUCACCUGGAGACCUGUCUGGCUGGGAAAGAAGACAGAUGGAGGUGGGGCCUUGGAGGUGAUAUGGGGUGGGCCACAGAAAGGAGGAGUCACUUCUGGUCUGGGAACAAAGAGCGGCCUGAGCCCACCUGGAUGGGGACAGACCCAGAUGGACGCCCCUGAGAAGGUCUUGUAAUCUGCUCCAGACGUACAAUAAACCCUUCUGUGCUGCGCUGGCUGAGAGUCGCUGCAGGCUCGAGAGAGGCAGGCAUGCUGGAGGCUCAGACGGGCGGUACUGGGAGGCGGAGGAGAAGCCUACAGCUUAAACCCUGAGCAAAGAGUGUGACCUUGUGUAGGGUCAAUACUCUGAAAGGCCGGUUCCUCCCAGGGGCCAUACGGAGCCAAGAGAGCACUGGCCUGUGAGUCUGUGACAACCUGUUCCACAGUGAACUGUCCUUAGAGCUAGAGAGUUUUCCUAAUGUCUAACCUAAAUCCCCCCGUCUCCUACUAUCAGUGCACCUGGAGAACACUUGAUCACCGUCCUCUUCAGAGCAGCCCUUAAUGCCGGGGUAGAUAAUUAUUUUUUGUCAAGGUCCAAAUUUCUUGGUCAAGAUAUAGUCACGGUCCAGACUCAAGAGAAACAUUUUUCACACCACAAGUGCCCCUGUUCAACAAACGCCUACAGUGCUGUGAAAUAUACCCAGGGCCUAUAUUGUUUAUAUUCUUAGUGCAUUAAAUGAAAAAUAAAAUCAAGCCAUGGUAUAGCCUAAAAAUAACCUCCAAGAAAGAUAACGAGGAGUCUGGUGGCACCUUAAAGACUAACAGAUUUGUUUGGGCAUAAGCUUUCAUGGGCCCACGAAAGCUUAUGCCCAAAUAAAUCGGUUAGUCUUGUUGGAGACCCCAGGGCAUGGCCACUAGUUAAGUCGAGGGGAUGGAAGGCCAUAAGGGUCGAGGAAGUCUCCCUGCUGAAGGCCUAAGGGCUUCUUCUCAACCCCCCUUAAUAGAAUUCAGGCCUGGCUGGUUUGAGUAAGCUCUUUUGCUCUUAAAACAAUGUUGCAGCCGCAGAUAAUGCCUCAUAGUGUAAGGUUUGCUGAUGCCAAGUUAAAGAUAAUAGGAGAGACAACUACAAGGCCAGACAGAAUGUGCUGGUUGUUUAAGUUGCUAGGAAUGCUUGUUAGAGGUUGCAGGAAAUAAACAUUGUUGUAACCCAUAUAAGGAAGGCAGAGUAUUUGUGUAAAGUUUUAAUUGGCUGAUGUGUAGUGCAGUAGCAUUAAGGGAUAUAAAAGUGUGUGUAAUGACCUGCUCUGGGUGCAGGAUUUGAGAUUCUGUUCUCCCUGUACCUUGUUUGCAGCUGCAAAUAAACUUUUCUGCUUCUCCACCCCGUUGUGAUUAUUGAGUGAAGCACACCGGGUAACGAACCCCUGCUGUUGUUUGGCCUCUGGGCACUGGGUGCCGGGAACAGUCUUUAAGGUGCCACCGGACUCCUCGUUGUUUUUGGGGAUACAGACUAACACAGCUCCCCCUGAUACUUGUCUCCAAGAAAGAUGUAAUUUAUCUGAAACGUUGAGAAAGUGUUUAGAAAAAUGUCAAAUAGAUGCAACUAUUAGCAUUAAAAAUACUUUCAGGCAA